UGUGGGGAUGAGCGAGCGCGCGCGCACGCACCUGGAGUUUGAUCCGUGCGCGCGCACUCGCUCAGUGUGCGGAUCAGAAGACGCUUCAGUUUCACCGCCACCGGGUUUCAGUGUCCGACUGCACACACACACACUCACUCACACACACACCGCCACCGGGUUUCAGUGUCCGACUGCACACACACUCACUCACACACACACACACACUCACACCGCCACCGGGUUUCAGUGUCCGACUGCACACACACUCACACACACUCACACCGCCACCGGGUUUCAGUGUCCGACUGCACACACACUCACACACACUCACACCGCCACCGGGUUUCAGUGUCCGACUGCGCACUCACACACACUCACACCGCCACCGGGUUUCAGUGUCCGAGCGGAACUGCACUCGCACACACCGCUCACUUUUCUGACGUGGAUCCACGACAAUGGGGGAGCAGCCGAUCUUCACCACUCGAGCUCAUGUCUUCCAGAUCGAUCCCACCACCAAGAAGAACUGGGUUCCUGCCAGUAAACAAGCUGUCACCGUGUCCUACUUUUAUGACAGCACUCGCAACAGCUAUCGCAUCAUCAGCGUGGAUGGGACAAAGGUGAUCAUUAACAGCACCAUCACCCCCAACAUGACCUUCACGAAGACGUCGCAGAAGUUCGGUCAGUGGGCCGACAGCCGCGCAAACACUGUGUUCGGCCUCGGGUUCGCCUCGGAACAGCAACUAUCCAAGUUUGCUGAAAAGUUCCAGGAAGUGAAGGAAGCGGCUAAAGUAGCACGAGAGAAAUCGCAGGAGAAAACCGACACGACCAGCAACCACUCGCAGGAAUCUGGCCGCGAGACUCCGCUGUCCAAUCAGGCGUCGAGUAUCAAUGGCACAGACGAUGAUAAAAUCUCUCACACACCUGAUAACACGCUGCUGAUGAGUGACAACAACCGACUAAAGACUGCUGUGGACCAGAGCACUAACCAGUACGAGGCGGAGCUGCAGGCUCUGAAGGAGAGUAACGCUCGGCUGACAGAGGCUCUGCAGGAGGCAAAUGGCAGUGUGGAGAAAUGGAAAAUACACACCACUGCAUGCCAGGAGGAGAACACCACGCUCAAGAACAAGAUUGCAGACCUGGAGGCGGCGUGUAAGGAGGUGGAUCAGGAGAAGGAGAGAAACGCUCAAAUGAGUAACAGAGUGCAGAAACUUGAGAGUGAAGUAAAGGACAAAGAGCAGGAGCUGGAGAAUCUGAGGAAGCAGGCUGAGAUAAUUCCACAGCUCAUGUCCGAGUGUGACGGCCUCAACGCCAAGCUGCAGGCGGCAGAGCUGGCCAAUCAGGAGGCUCGUGCGCGUGUGUCAGUGCUGCAGAGUGAGGUGAGUGAAGGACAACAGAGACAUGGAGCCAUGAAGAAUGAGCUGAAGAAGUUCAUGGAGAUUCUCGAGGGGAAGAUAGACGAACUGCACGAAGUCCGCCAGGGACUGUCUCACCUGGGCAUGGACAACUAACGCACACACACACACACACACACACGGACAGACAGUCUGCCAGGGCCUGCUUCGCCUGGGUUUGGACAAUCUCCCUCUCUCUCUCUCUCUCUCUCUCUCUCUCUCUCAUGCACUUGCGUGUGCACGCGCGCGCGCGCGCACGCACGCACGCACGCACACACACACACACACACACACAAGUAUCUCAGUAUCUAGGGAGUGACAGCCAUAACUCUUUAUAUUAUGUUAUAUUGUGUAAUAUAAAAAACACACUACAGUUAAUGCACUACUUAAGGUGGUGAUCUCAGGGUGCUGGUGAAAUGCGCGCGCGCACACACACACACACACACACACACACACACUGCAGUGUCACAAAGUGCCUGAGGGGAGCUUUCAUCCCUCACAAAUCUCACACACACUCUACAUGCGGUACACACACGAGUGCAAUACAGUAUAUGAGGAGGGGGCGGGGCUUCAUAUUCAAUGCACUUUUCUAUAGAAUUGUUCUGAUUUGUUGGUUUCUGAACUCUAUGCUCUGAAUCUUUAUUUUGUGUGUGUGUGUGUGUGUGUGUGUGUGUGUAAGGGAAGUGUAUUUUGUUUAAAAAAAAAAAUAUCCUUUGGUCCUGGGACUUUUUUUCUAAUUGCGAGUGUAUACACAUCUGUGUGCACAGAACUAACACACACACACACACACACACACACACACACACGUCAUGUGCCAGAGUUACAUUUUCACUUUGUGACACGUGUGUAAACAUUCUCAGUUUACGUUACAACAGAAAAGGACUGGUCCCAAAUCUCCAUGUGUCCUGCACAGGCACCUUCCUCCCGAAUAUUACACAGUGACAGUGUUUCAGUCAUCUCUGUCUAACACACACACACACACACACACACACACUUUCUUCUGGUCUUACUCUGUUUGGGAAGCUUCACUUUUUCCUUCAAUUUCCACUUUUUUUUUUUUUCUGAUUCAAUAAUGUACAAUAAUAAAGUUGUCAAAUAUA